AUGGCCGCCGCGGCGGCGGCAGCGGCGGGCGCGGCUUCUUCCAUCCUCUCCUCCGCGCCCCCGCGCCGCCUCCCCUUCCCUCCAGCCCACAUCCGCAAACCCCUCGCCGCGGCCGCGGCCAAGGCCCUCACUCUGCCACCGCAGAAACUCCUCCGUCUCCCGUGCCCGCCCGCUCCAUCCGCCCCCGCCUCGCCGCCUCCACCCGAGGGGGCCGAGAAGCCGGACCCCGUCAAGCUCGCUUUCGCCCGCGCCGCCGCGUACAAGAAGGAGAGGGACAGCCCGAGCCCGGCCCCGGCGCCGGUCCCGCCUCCCACGCCGCCGCCACAAUCUCCACCACCGUCGCUGCCACAGGCUUCGGUAGUUGAGCCCGGCAGUAAGGAGGCCUUCAAGCGGGCGUUGGAGUACAGAAACGGCAACGGGGCCGGAGCGGGCGCGGCUGGUGGUGGUGACUCCCCGCUGCUGGGAGGCUCGCCGGAUUUUGGUCAGAAUGCCUUACUUAGUGAAGAAGUCUCGUUUGGCAAGAAAGGAGGGUACGAGUUUGAUGAGAAGGAUUUCUUGGGUCUCGACUUUUUUGAGAAAAAACGUUCUAAAGGUCUACCACCUGGGCUGGCUCCAGCCUUUGAGCCUUUACGAGAUGACGAUUUUCCUGAGGUGGAGAUAAUAGUUGGAGACCCUAGCAAAUUCGAGAAGUCUCCUCGCCCAACAGAAAUCCAACCGGUAGACGACACAGAGGCAGAGGAAACAUCUCAAUCAUCAACUACUAAACCAAAUGAAUCUGACAAGGUAGCACCCCCUUCAACUGUUCUUGAGCCAGAAGAAGAUGAAGAUGUUUAUAGACCCACGGUUAGAUCAUGGGGGAUGUUUCCAAGGCCCCAAAAUAUUUCAAAGGCGUAUGGCGGUGGAAGAAAUAUACGCCUUGGUGGAGAGACUCUAAGUGCAGAAGAAAAGGCAGCCAAGGAUAAGCGCACCAAAGAGCUAAUAGCUGCAUAUAGGAAUCGACAAAACAUAGUAAUCGAUGCAAAGACAAAAGCAGAGUGCAUCGAGGCCUUGAGGGAAGGUGAUGAGAUGAUGAAUACUGGAAGGCUUAAACAAGCAUUGCCUUAUUAUGAAAAAGUGAUGGACGCUGUGGACUUUAAGACUGAACUUCAUGGAAAGGCUGCUCUGCAAUGGUCCAUCUGUCUCGAUUCACUCUGCAGGUCCAAGGAAGCAAUGAGCAUGUACAGCAAACUUAAAAACCACCCGAAUGUUGAGAUCAGAAAGAAAGCAAACAUGUUUGUGUUCAGCUUUCAGGCAAUGGAUUUCAUGAAGGUGAGCAGCAUUCCAGUGCCCAAAAGCACAGGCUACGAGACGUACUUCACCAAAUUUGGCAGCCAGAAGAAUUACUACGCGAGCUUAGACGAGCCAGAGGUGGGGAUCGGCCAGAUCAUCCCGUACAUGAUCUUUCUUGUCUCGCCGAUAUUUAUAGUUGCUUUUGUUGCACUGAGAAAAUCCUUUCAGUUAUGA